AUGGGAAUGCUUGGAAGGGUGCGUGGUGGAGACCGCAGGAUACUACCAUAUGUCAAGAGGGAUGUUUCAAACUUUCGGUCCAAGCUGCGACAAAACCUAAACCUCCGAGACAUGGAUUUCACAAUUCAGUACUUUGAGAGGCGGCAAGCUGAGAACCCUCAAUUCUACUAUGCAAAAACAGUUGACAAGGAGACCAACUCUGUCACAGGACUCUUUUGGGUGGAUGGGAGGGCAAGGGCAUUGUACCCCAAGUACAAAGAUUGUAUCUUCUUUGAUACAACAUUUUGCAUAAAUCGGUACAACAUGCUGUUCGCUCUGAUUGUUGGAGUGAACAACCACUUGCAAAUGGUGUUGCUGGGUUGUGCAUUGCUGCCAAAUGAACAGAUUGAAAAUUUCAAGUGGGUGUUCCAGCAUUUUUUGCUUGCGAUGAACAAUGAACACCCAUUGAACAUCAUGAUCGACCAGGACAAGGCCAUGGAAACUGCCAUAUCUCAAGCUCUGCCAAACACGGUGCAUAGAUGCUGCAAAUGGCACGUCCAACGAAAAGCGCGUGAGAAGUUGGGCAGGAUAAUGAGUAGGGAUGAGGUUUUUGAGCAAGCUUUCUACACUUUCAUCAAUGAUUCUGACACGGUUGAUGAAUUUGAAGAGAAUUGGCAGCACAUGAUACAUUGCUUCGACUUGGUUGACAAUAGGCAUCUGUGCAACAUGUGGAAGACUCGGAGGUCAGAGGGACUAAACUCCUACUUCAAGACAUUUGUUAAUCCUCAGGACUCGGUCUGGAGGUUUGUGCAGCACUAUGAGGUGCUGCAAGAGACUAUGCUAGACCGUGAGGACAAUCAAGCUUUCAUUGGCGCAGCAACCACAACCCCGCUUUACUCACGGUACAGAAUUGAGCGUCAGGCGGUUGGUUUCUACACCCGCAACGUUUUUGGCAAGUUUCAAGCAGAAGUGACUGCCUCUACAGGGUUUGUGAUGAACCAGGUUCCUUCUCCUGACAUUGGAAGCAUGAGAUUUGAGCUCUUUUCAAAUUACUAUGAAGACCCCAAGAUAUUUACAGUGAAUGUUGUGCUGGCAGAAGAGACAUUUGAGUGCAGCUGCAAUUGUUUUGAGAUGAAUGGAAUCAUAUGUGCACACAUCGUUAGAGUGAUGGUCCACCUCAAUGUCCAAGCUAUACCGCAGCGCUACUUGCUAGAAAGGUGGUCAGAACGAGCAACAACACCAACAGGUGGUAGUGGCCAUCUUCUCGAUUUCGCGCUCCCUUCAAACAAUACACUCAAGUACAACUUGUUGUGCAGAAAAUUCACAUGGUUGGCCUCCCAAGCUUGUAGCAAUGAUGUUGCCUGCAAAAUACUAAAUGAUGCAGCUCAUGCGCUUGAGCCCAUUAUACUUGCAGCUAGGAGAGGGGAACUACCAGAGCAGCAGGAAGCGCAACAGCAGCAGCCAGAUCAACAUCAGAGCACUACACAAGGGGGAAGGCAACAAACAACAAUGCAUCAAAGGGGGCCAACUCAUCAGCAAAAACAUCCCCAAACGCAGCAACAACAAACACCACUUGAAUCAAAGCAACAACAGCCAAAACAUCCAAGAAAGAAGCAACUAGAUUGCCCCACGCAGCAGCAACAAGCGGCUACCACACAUGUAGAACACGAUACCGGGGAGGUACCCAUGCUUCAAAACCCAGCACGUGUGCCGAAGAAAGGGCAACCGACGGAGAAGUCUAAGAGAAGAAAGACUUUACUUGAGCAACGAGAAGAUGCUCAAAAGAAGAAGGCAAAAACUGAUAAGAAGAAGAAAGAAACCAAGCCCAAAAGGAAACCUGGACCAAAGAAGAAAACAGAUAUCUUCUCGUAUUGCAAAGAAGAUGAUCACAGUGUUGUAACAUGUGAGUUGUUGAAGGCUGCAAUGGCUGUCCAGAAAUGCAACUACUAUAACGAGCCUGAUCAUGCAGUGAAGCAUUGUCCCUACCUAAGGGCUGCGAUGUCAAUGGAGGCUGGUGUCAGUAGAGCAACAGAGCUUAGGCUCUGA